UGUGAUGCCUUUUCCUUUGGUUAUUAUAUUAUUUAGUAUUCUCUUUAAUAUCUAAUUAUGUUCAACGGUUAGUUGCAAAAGCAAAAAUAAUUUGUUUACCAGAUAGUCGUUUUAGUUUCCUAUUAAAAAUGCCAAAAAAGAAGACUGGCCAACGGAAAAAAGCGGAAAAACAAAGACAGCGGCAAAAAGAGAUCCGUAAUGCUCGUGACAACGUGGACCUAGCACAGCACCCUUGUAAUUUGCCCAUGGACUGCGACAAGUGUCAGAAGAAGCAGAAGAACCGAGCAUUCUGCUACUUCUGCCAGGCCCUGCAGAGAUUGCCUGCAUGUGCACACUGUGGCAAAAUUAAAUGUAUGCUAAAAGCUGGAGACUGUGUCAUCAGGCAUCCCGGUGUCUACACUACAGGCUUGGGCAUGGUGGGUGCAAUUUGUGACUUUUGUGAGGCAUGGGUGUGCCAUGGGCGCAAGUGCCUGACUGCCCAUGCAUGUAGCUGUCCCCUGAUAGAUGCAGUCUGCCUUGAAUGUGAACGAGGUGUCUGGGAACAUGGCGGGCGGGUGUUCCAGUGCUGCUUCUGUCGCGGUUUUCUCUGUGAAGAUGACCAGUUUGAACAUCAGGCUUCCUGCCAAGUUCUUGAAUCAGAGAAUUACAAAUGUCAGUCAUGCAAUCGACUCGGGCAGUACUCGUGCCUGCGGUGCAAGACGUGCUUCUGCGAGGAGCACGUGCGGCGGCGCGGCGUGCGCGGCGGCGCCGCCGGCGGCCGCGGCGCGCCGCCGCCCUGCCCGCGCUGCGCCUACCCCACGCAGCUCACCGCCGACCUCAGCAUGUCCACCCGCUCGCACCGCUACGGCCGGCAGGGCACCACGCCCGCAGCCGAUGGCGACGACUACGACGACUACGCGCCCUCCUCCCACGCCGAGCACUAUGGAACGGCAGGCGAUUCGUCGUACUCGGAGACGGAGGAUGAUUCGGACGACGACUCGGAGGAGGACACGGAGCCCGAGGACGGGGACGAGUCACCGGCCUAGCCCGACAAACACGCAUGCAGCAGUAGCGUUCACUUCUACUGCUAUAUUUAUGUAUAUCUUAGUGCUUCAUGUAACAAAACUAUUUUUCAACACAAACUAAAGAAAUAAAUGAAAUUACAGUAUCUAUCUAUA